AUGGCCAAAGUCAUCAAAGAUUGACGUCUGGUGCUUGUAAGAAUGAAUGAUCUUCAGUACCUGUUUUCCUUUCUCCAGUGGGACUUCCUGGGUAUCCCGGGAAUUGGUAACAGGCUUGUUGUCAUUGUUCUCCAAGCGAAUAUGACGUAAUGCAUUGUUUGGCACAUCCUUCACAUAGAACCAUUUCACAUCAAACUUGCCUUUCCACUUGUCCUGAGUCCAAAUUCCAGUUUCAAUCUCCAUAUCGACCUCCGAUGUCAUCAUUGCAAUUCCACAGAAAUGGCCACUUCCAUUCACACUGAAAAGCAGAUAAAUUGGAGAUUUACUGCCCUGCUGCUCUUUAAAAGCAUCGUUCAAACGCCUGUUUCCAUGCUCUGUGCUUGUCCACACGGAGUAUUUGAUUGAACGAUGAAUAUCGUCCUCGCUGUAACUUUUGAUAAUGAAAAACCGGGCAUUUUUCUGAAGCAGGCCAAAUUCCUUUGGAUUGUAACAAUUCUUGGAUCUCAAUUUAUCAAGAAUUGGAACAGAUUCAGAUGAAUUAACUGGUGGAUUCACAGGUCCUGGAUUUCCGGACAUUCCUCCUGUAUUGGGUCGCGGCCUUGUGCCGCGGCCAAUCGCAGGCUUGUUGGGACCAGAUUUUACAGCAUUUCCCCAUGCUCCAGAUUCAACUUUAGAAGGCCCAACAGUUUGUUGUGAGGUUAUUGGAGGAGGCAGUUUUGGUUUUGGUGGAGGUAACUUUGCCUUUGGCUUAGCUGGUUGGCUUGCAAUAGCAGCCCAAGACUUUGGUUUAGUCUCAGAAGGAGUAACAGUUGAUGAACUAGUUGCCUGAGAUGACAACUUGGUUUGAUCGUUCAACCCUUCAUUUCCUUUGUCAUCUACUCCUAGAGCCAAACUAGAAAGGGCAUUUUCCACAUUUCCAGUAGAACCAAACUCCUUUCCUUUCAAAGAGUCCAAAUCAACUCCAAUAGGAUUCAAAGCUCCGUGUUCAGAUGUCGGAGGUGGUGGUGGUUGGUAAAAAUUUGGCAACAUUGCUGCCCCCUGAGACUGUUCCCCCCAUGAAAUAUCAGUAGAUGUUCCAGGAAAAUAGAGUGCUGGGGGGCCCUGAGAGUUAUGGGUUAAACUGCUUAGAUAAGCGUUUGUAGAAACGGCGACUCCUGCAUUGUGAUUGAACAUCUGGUCUUGUAAUAGUUGUUCUCCGUUCCCAACUGCUCCGAAACCCGAUGAAGGAAACAGCGUGUUAGGAUUGAGCGAAGGCACUCCAGUGGACCAAGUGCCGUCGCUGAUUCCAGCAGCAUUCAGAUAAGGGAAUGGCAUCGGAGGUAAUCCUGUAUUGGAACCCGUUGUUGUCGUAGGAUAAAAUGGUGGCAGAUAAGUGUCCGUUAAUUGGCUCGGCAAGCUCGUGUUGACUUGUUGAGAGUUCAACUGUUUCUCGGUGCCCUAAACACGAAUUUAUGAUUAUCGUCGUAAGCCGAUCCAUCGGGAAUGCCAUGACGUUAUCGAAGGGAUAGAAAAAAAGACAUGGCAACAGUUAGUGUAGGCCCUUGAAGGAAUCAAAUCGUGGUUAAUUCGCGGAGUGGUGCGAAGAAAAUACGCCUGCAAAGUAAACAUCUGACAAAUCUCACCUGUUUCGCUCCCGGAUGGAGGUAACGAUCGAUAUCUUCACCCGCCACAUUCUGUAAUUCGCCAUUUUUGUUCACGUACCCUGUAAAAUAUUCGAAACAGCGUUAAUCGAUUAACUAUCACGCAAACGGCUCUUUGCCGCUUAAAGCACGCAGUAAAAAGACAGUGACGUACCUUUUCCGCUGUGAUCCUUGGGUCGCUGCGCACACACGAGGGAACACGCAUUCAGGAAUGCAGAGGAAAUUAGAAUCAAAUUAGUCGUUGUUGCCGUUGGUCGCCAAGAAAUCGACGAAAAACGAAAUGAUUUAAACUGAAAACAUACCUGGUCGAUAGUAGCUGACAUUCCCUAAAAGAGUACAAUAGUCUCCGAUACUAAAAUCUCCAAAUGAUGGUCACUUCGUUCCACGUCGUUUAGAUUAUGAGGAAAGAGAACAAAAGAAAAUGGCCGCUCCUUCUGUGGUUCGUCUGCGCGUGCUUUGCGUGACUUCACCAAUUUUACGCAACUUGUCAAUCAAGUAUUCCAAAUAUGGUAUUUCCCAUAGGCCUUUUUGGGUAGGAUUCUAAACAAGAUGGUGGACUAGGGUACGAGGAACCAGGAAUUGAAAUAUUUUGUUGACAAUACUUCAGCGCGAUGGCAUUAUUACAGUGGCGCCGGUUCAAUUUUUUCGACAAGGAGGUUCUGAAAGACCCUGGAACGACUCAGCCAUUUACGGGUCUGAAGGAUACUAGUAUCACAGCAUGCACAAGUGGAAGAGGCCAGCUAGUUAUUGGAGAUUCAGCUGGUUUUGUUCACUUCCUGGGCCGUGAUUUAACCAUCACAUCUUUCCAGGCCUACGAAAUGCGUGUGUCACAUUUUUACCAACUGAAACAGCAAAAUAUUUUAUUUACAGUUGGAGAAGAUGAAGUAGGAGGAAUUGAUCCAAUUAUGAGAGUUUGGAAUCUAGACAAGAUUGACAAGUAUGGAAACCCUGUCUGCUGUUGCAUGCAGCGGCUUAUUCCAGGAAACAAACCAGUUGCGGUGUCUUGUUUGGCAUUGAUGGAAAACUUGACACAGAUGGCUGUAGGAUUUGCCGAUGGUACUGUUCUUGUAUACAAAGGAGAUAUCACCCGUGAUAGGCACACAAAGCAGAGAAUUGUUCAUCAUGACAAGCAUCCUGUAACAGGACUUGCCUUCAAACAGACAAGUGACAGUGUAAUUCUGUUCGUUGUGACAACUGAAACAGUUCUGUCAUACAACACUUCAGCUAAAGAUCGUAGAGAAGUACUUGAUGCUCAUGGCUGUGAACUCCGUUGUUCAGUUAUGAGUGAUGCUUCACAAGAAAACCAAUUUAUUGUGGCUCGAAAAGAGGCUUUGUAUUUUUAUCAAGUUGAUGGCAGAGGUCCUUGCUUAGCAUUUGAAGGUGAGAAACAGAUGGUAACAUGGUGGCGAGGGUAUCUUGUUGUGGUCAGUAAGGAUAACAAACAGAUUCAAAGACCAGCAGUAGGAGGAAGCUCUCAACCAAGGAAUGUCAAUGUUGUCACUGUUUAUGACAUUCAAAACAAGUUUAUAGCUUUUACUGGGACAUUCCAGGGUGUAAUUGAUGUGGUAUGUGAAUGGGGCAGCUUGUUUGUGAUCACAAUGGAAAAUAAGAUUUUUCAGUUAGAGGAGAAGGAUACACAAACAAAGCUGGAAAUUCUUUUUAAGAAAAAUCUUUAUGCAAUGGCAAUCAGCUUGGCAAAAAGUCAGCAUUAUUCUGAUGGACUGAUUGACAUCUUUACACAAUAUGGAGAUCACUUGUACAGCAAAGGGGAUCAUGAUGGAGCAAUAAAACAGUACAUUAAAACCAUUGGUCAUCUGGAGCCUUCUUAUGUCAUUCGUAAGUUCUUGGAUGCUCAGAGAAUUCACAACCUUACAGCGUAUCUUCAGGCUCUCCACAAACAAGGUCUGGCCAACACAGACCAUACCACUCUUCUUUUGAACUGUUACACCAAGCUGAAGGAUGUCUCAAUGUUGGAUGAGUUUAUCAUGACUGACAGGGAAUUAAACUUUGAUGUUGAAACUGCCAUCAAGGUGUGUCGUCAGGCAGGAUAUUUCAAGCAUGCGGUGUAUUUAGCGGAGAAAUACGAACAACACGACUUAUAUUUAAAGAUUCAACUGGAAGACCUGAAGGAUUACCAGAGAGCGCUGUCCUACAUUGGAAAACUAGGAUUUUAUGAGGCUGAAGGAAACAUGAAAAAAUAUGGAAAGAGUUUGGUGAAUGCUGUCCCUGAUGAAUCAACAAAGCUGCUAAAAGUUUUAUGUACGGAUUACAAGCCGCAGCGACUUCAUGAACGAACAGUUUCCGGUUCUGUCACACCUGUUAGUGCUGGGGUUUAUCAGUCCUUCACAACCGCUCUCGAUCCUGCAUCAGAUAUGGAGAGGAAGAUUUACAAGGCUCGCGCUGAAGAGUUUAUUCACAUCUUUGUUCAUCAAAAAGCCAAACUGAUUGAGUUUCUGGAACAUAUGGUGCAGGUUCAGCCUAAUUCGUCUAACUUGGUGUAUAACACUCUCCUUGAGCUGUAUCUGAAUGAUGCUGCUCGUCAGAAGAAUGUUGAGGCGCAAGUCGAACAUGAACGUAAAGCUCUUGAUUUGCUGAAAAAUGUGGAGGCACGUUACGACAUUGACCACGCCCUGGUACUAGCACAGAUGCACCACUUCAAGGCUGGUAUCUUGUAUCUGUACGAAAAAGCCAAACUAUACCAACAAAUCCUUCAUUACCAUAUGGAGCAGAACGAAUAUAGUCACGUGAUAGACACGUGCAAAAAAUAUGGGACGUCAGAUCCAAGUUUGUGGGUGCAAGCUCUCUCUUACUUUGCCCGACGUGAAACAGACUGCAAGUCCCAAAUUAAGGAAGUGCUUGAUCAUAUCGACCGUGGAAACCUCAUGUCUCCUCUACUCGUGUUGCAAAACUUGGCGCACAAUUCAACAGCCACAUUGGCAGUGGUGAAGGACUACAUCAUACGUCGCUUGCAAAUGGAAGACGAACUUAUCGCAAAUGAUGAGCGUUAUAUCCGACAAUAUCGCGAGGAAACGGAAAAAAUGAGGAAUCAAAUCAAAGAACUGAAGACAAGUGCAAAGAUAUUCCAAGGUGCAAAAUGCAGCGUCUGUUCCCGACCUUUGGACCUGCCGGCUGUACAUUUCUUGUGCCAGCACUCAUUUCACCAAAACUGUUUUGAAGGAUACGCAGAAUCAGACAACGAAUGCCCGAUAUGUGCUCCGGAAAACAGAAAAGUACUUGACAUAAUAAGACAACAGGAGCAGGCGAAGGAUCUUCAUGAACAAUUCCAUUGCCAGCUGGAGAGAGCGGCGGAUGGGUUUUCUGUUGUGGCUGAGUAUUACGGACGCGGUGUUUUCAAUAAGGUUACUGUGGUUACUGACCCGAACCUCUCACGAGGAGAGUCAUCUCGCGAAGCUGUUGUAGAUCAGCGCGAGAGACUUUUGGACACCUCUCACAGCUAGCUGGAGGGCAGAGCCGGUGAGCCUUCGUUGCUCAUGGUAUGCGGUGGUACCAUUGGGGAAAUGCGGAGAGACGUGCAUUCCUUACCGCACAAAAGAAGUGUCUUCCAAAGAAAAUUAAAUAAUUUGGUAGAAAAAUAAUUACAACUAGAUUUUGAAGAUGUUUGAGAGUCUGGCUGAUGAUGAAGUUGCAAUUCGUGUUGAUCUAAUCGCUACUUUUGUCGCGUUCAGAGUAAACCCUUACGGUGUUGUGGCUAUUUUGAGAUCACGAUAUCAUGAGCAUGCUGAAUUUAUUCAAAGUGGUCACCACCUAGAUCAAUGGCCUAUUCUUUUGAUUUGUUGUUGAAUACCUUGAUUUCGGUUAUGGACCAAUCAAAAUGAAGGCACAUGGAGAGCGGUGUCGUGUCUCUCUCCUCAGAAGUAGCGCCCUUUCGAGGAAAAUGGGCCUAGUUCAUUAAAUCAAGGCGGAAGGACGAGAUUUGCCUCAAUGUCGUGCGCGAGACCCAGUUUACCAGCUUUACGUUCAACCGUCGAACAAAAGCCAAGGACUUUUCCAGCGACACAGUGGUCGCCCAUUAAAAUAUUCAUAUCCCGCUACUGAUACAAAGUAACGGACCGUCUGAGCGGUAAUAAUG